CUUUACCACUUCACUAACUACACUUAUUUCACAAUCCUAUCCACUACCCCCCCCUCUCUCUCUCUCUCAAAAAGCACAACAAUUAUAGCUAGUUCAAACGUUUUCCACACCACUUUCUCUCUCCACAUAUACAAACACCAUCUCUCCCUCAACCGCCUCGGAUUCUCUCUCCGAUCACCACCUGCUAUCUCUCUACUUAAAUUUACUCGCAACAACUAACUCUACACGUCUCCAUAGCUAUACAUACAGACACACACACAUAGUAUACUUACACACACACACACAAUACUGUUGCUAUGGAUUUGAUUGAAGGCGUCGGAGAGAGCUCAUCGCCGCCGAGAACUGUUCCGAGCUUCGGAGGCUACGAUAUACGAAAUGAUGUGUAUAAUCGCUUAGUAGAGGCCGGAAACCAAGAUUUCGGUUCGAAUACUCAGCUGUGGCAAGUGCUCGAUUCUCAUUUCAAUAGCUUGCCUUCUAGUUACGCAUUGGAUAUCAAUAUGGAUAGAGUGGAUGAUGUUCUGCUGCAUCACAAGCUUCUUACUCUAGCAAAGGAUUCCGAUAAUCAACUUGUUUUCAAUGUUCGCCUUGUUGAGACUUUUGGAAUUAGAGCUGAUACUAACAACGAAGAACAAGUUACAAGUGUUCUAUCCACAUCAAUGCAUUGUACAGAUGAAAAAGAUAGUAAUAAAGGGAUAAAGUCAUCACAGCACAGAGACAGGACUUUAGAAAUUGACUUUGAGCCUUGCUCUAAGCUUGGUGACCUAAAUUUGGAUGUUAAAAGGAAUUCUACGGUCAAGGAGAUGGCAAAAUUUGAUGAACUGUUCCCUGAAAGACAGGAACCAGUUUUGGUUCAUGAAGUUAUAUUUUCUACAGUUGACAAACCCAAGCUUCUCAGCCAGCUUUCUGCUUUGCUUUCUGACAUUGGACUCAACAUCCGUGAAGCUCACGUGUUUUCAACAACUGAUGGAUAUUCCUUGGAUGUAUUUGUGGUAGAUGGAUGGCCUGUUGAGGAUAUCAAUGAUUUGCACGAGGCUGUGGAUAAAGCGAUUAGAAGAAGUGAGCGCUCUCGGUCUGGUUCUUCACAUUCUCAGCCAGCUGCAGUAGCACAAACAAAACCAGGGGACUGGGAUAUAGAUGUAAGAGCACUGAUGAUUAAUGAGAAAAUUGCGACGGGAUCUUGUGCAGAUUUGUUUCGGGGAACCUACUGUGGUCAGGAUGUUGCUGUAAAGGUACUCAGAUCUGAGCACUUGAAUAAAACAUUGGAAGAUGAAUUUGCUCAUGAAGUCAAUAUCUUAAGGGAGGUUCAACACAGGAAUGUUGUUCGUUUUAUUGGUUCAUGUACGAAAUCUCCUAAUUUGUGCAUAGUAACAGAGUUCAUGCCUGGAGGGAGUCUAUAUGAAUAUCUGCAUAAGAAGCAUACCAAGAUAGAGCUCUCUCAGCUGGUGAAGUUUGCAAUAGAUGUCUGUAGUGGAAUGGAAUACUUGCAUCAAAGUAACAUCAUUCAUAGGGAUCUGAAAGCGGCAAAUCUUCUCAUGGAUGCAGAAAGUGUUGUGAAAGUAGCAGAUUUUGGUGUUGCUCGGUUCCAGAAUCAAGGAGGGGAAAUGACUGCAGAGACUGGAACAUACAGAUGGAUGGCCCCCGAGGUCAUAAAUCAUCUUCCUUAUGAUCAUAAAGCUGAUGUGUUCAGUUUCGCGAUUGUUCUUUGGGAGUUGGUGACAGCAAAGGUUCCAUAUGAUACCAUGACACCCUUACAAGCUGCUUUGGGGGUGAGACAGGGUCUUCGACCAGAUAUUCCCAAAGAUGCACCUCCAAAGUUGGUGGAGUUGAUGCAGAAAUGUUGGGAAGCUAGUCCAAGCAAACGGCCUUCCUUUUCAGAGAUAAAAAUUGAACUUGAGAAAAUACUUGAAGAAAGUAGGGUAGGUUUCUCCGGAAGCACCAGUUGACAGCUGAGUGUUUACUGCAAUUUAUAUAGGGUAGAUCAGCCUUUCUUUUGUUCAUUACCCUUCCGCUCCACCCCUCUCUGUAUAUAGAUAUAGAGGUCUUCUUGGGAAAUUGAAAAGAGUGCAAGUCACACGCACAAUAUCAGGACAAUGUGAGGUGAGAGAAUUAUGACUUGUCACAGUUUAGCGUUUAAAUUCUAUCGAAGAGGGUUCAUAGUCGAACUUCAAGUGUAGUUGUGCAAAUUAGUCAAUCAAUGAAAUGUUGGUCUUUUGUCGACUAAAAGAGGGGAUUUGUAUCUUCUUGGUCACAAGUUUGAGGAGAUUUGUAUCCUUUUGGUCACAAGUUCGACUCCCGAAAGGAGGAGAAUUUGUGAUUAUGUCUCGGCCAGAUCCUGUGGCUUAAUUGCGAUUGCAGUUUACCUUGGUUUAA